UGACUGACGAUAGUAACUGUGAUUGGGAGACCAGUGAGCCUCAGGAAGGUUUGAACCCUCUUCAAAACAGUGAAGUUCCUGAAACACCGGGAAAUACCUGUGGGACGGUGUAGUUUCAUGUUUCAGACGAGGUUCACCGGAGGAUGGCGGAUAAAUUACCCCUGCCGCGGUUGCUGGUGACGGCUCGCCCUAAUAAACAGGGCAAGAAAAGAAAGACGGAGGCCGAGAAGGCUGUGACGAGAAGGAGAUUAGAUAAAGCGAGAGGACAAACACGAGUCAACAUCGGUACAGCUUUUCCACGAUGGAGACAUCUGAAGGAGGCUAAGGGCCUUCAAAGUGAUGCCAUGGUUGCUCUCUUUCUGUUGGACAGUUAUGAGAAGCAAACAUCGACUCCGUGGAAACCCGGAUUGUUGAGACCUCCUCCCCCCGCUGGGUCAGCUGUUCCUGCGGAGUCUCUCUCUGACCAAGACGAUGACCUCUCCGUCGCCCCUGAAGACACGUUUGAGCUGUUUGAGAAAAGGAUAGCAGAGUACGAGGAGGAACUUCGUCAUUUGAAAGAAGAGAACGAGCGGAAACAGAUACUACUGGACACAGCUUUCAACUCUGAAGUCCGGUUACACAGAGCAGAUGUCCAGCAGCUGAUGGUGAGAAAAGAAGAGGUUCACCCUGAGCAGCAGGAGAGGAGCUCCAGUCUAAACCACGAGGACCCACCAGAACCACCACACAUUAAAGAGGAAGAGGAAGAGGAGGAACUCUGGAGCAGUCAGGAAGGAGAGCAGCUUCAAGAGCCAGUGGAGGCUGAUAUCAUCAAGUUCACGUUCUUUCCUGUCCCUGUGAAGACUGAAGAAGAAGAUGAUGUUGAAGAGAAACCUCAGUCCUCACAGCUUCAACAAACGCAAACUGAUCAGAUCAGAGAUGAAUAUUCAAAAGCAGAAGCUAAAGGAGAGGAGAGUGAGGGAUCAGACCCAACUACAGACUUUAAUCCAGACAUUCAUUUACAGCCUGUUUCUGAUGAAGAGGCUUCACUCUCAUCAGAGAUUGGGUCGGAGACAGACGAUAGUAACUGUGAUUGGGAGACCAGUGAACCUCAGGAAGGUUUAAACCCUCUGCAAAACAAAGACACACCAGUAAGUGAUAUGAACUGUAAUACUGGAAAUACAUCAGUUAGCUCCUCUGAAUGUGCUACAAGCUCGGGACAAGAGGAACAUCUGCAGAAAGACAACCAAAUCCACACAGGAGUGAAACCAUUUAGUUGCUCAAUUUGUGGUAAAGUAUACCCACGUAAGAAAAAUUUACAUCAACACAUGCUACGCCAUUCAGUAGAAAAGCCUUUCAGUUGCUCAGUUUGUAUGAGGAGUUUUAACUGGAAGACAGAGAUGGUAAUGCACAUGAGAGUUCACACAGGGGAGAAACCAUUCAGCUGUUCAGUAUGUGGUCAAGGAUUCAGAGACAGCGCAGAUCUAAAAAGACACUCUUUUGUCCACACAGGAGAGAAACCGUUUAGUUGUUCAGUUUGUGGUAAAAGCUUCACACAAAGCGGAGACCUUAGACGCCACUCAAUUGUCCACACAGGGGAGAAACCAUUUAGCUGUGUGCUAUGCGGUAACAGAUAUACAAAUAGCGGGGAUCUUAAAAGACACUCUGUUGUCCACACAGGAGGGACACCAUUCAGCUGUUCAAUUUGUGGUAAAAAUUUUACAAAAGAUGGCGAUUUAAAAAGACACUCUGUUGUGCACACGGGAGAGAAACCAUUCAGUUGUUCAGUGUGUGGUAAAAGAUUCACACAAAGUGGAGCUCUAAAAAGGCACUCUAUUUCACAUACAGGGGAGAAACCGUUUACUUGCAAUCUUUGUGAGAGAACAUUUACUCGGCUUGAAAGUCUCAAAAAUCACAAGUGUGAGUCGCAGAUGGCCUAGCAGUUAGGCGAGACCUGCGGCCCCGUGUCAUUCCUUACUGUCUCUCCUGAUUUCCUAUCCAUGAUUCUAAAGAAAAAAGUAUCUCAAGUAUGUUGGUAAGAGGAGCAAAAGUACCUGAAACCUUGUAAUACUCGUUGAAUGUUACCUUAAAGUACACAGGCAAAGUCCAACAUUUGCUGUUUAAGAUUAUGAUUUAAACAAAUCCACUGUCAUCAACAUUGACUUUUUAACUUAAUCUUCUGGCUUUUUAACCCUCUUUUGAUCUAAAUCUCCUCAUAUAAUUCUGCUUGGUGAUUUAAAUGAGCCUUUUUUUGUUCAAGGUCACGAUCUGUUAUUGAGAGGCAUGCUACUCACACACACGUGCACAAACAGGACCCAUGGACAUUCAUUAUUGGAGAGAUGUCGGGCUAGUGAGGGGGGGCUUCCCCCAUGCUUCAUCUCAUCUGCUGUUCUGGUGUGACCCCUCUGCAUUGUGUCGCAUCUGUAUAUUUUCGACCUUUUAGCUGUUGUCUUUCAAUGCCAACCUGGGAGGUGAAUCCAGAUAGUCGCACAGGGUGAUUGCCACCAUCGUUACUUGUUCCAAUCUUCUCUCAAAAUUAUCCACCCAGUCCAAAAGAGCAGGGCCAGCAUUCACAAACAUUCUGAGAGGUCCUAACUUAUCGUAAAAUUCCUAUUAAGGAAUUUUUUGCCUAGGAGUGAUUUAGGAACAUUCUCAGAGGGACUCUGAGCGAGGAAGAGACACAAAGCCUGUUGCUAGGUAUGACACAUUUUUUCAGAAGCUGUGAUUGGUUAAUCAAAAAAAGAAAGAAGAAAAAAAAAAAGUAAAUCAUAGAAUCUAGUCAGACAUUGUGUAAUUAUAAACACUAUGACAUUAGCGCCUGUGUGAUAAUAUGAGUCUACGAAAUGUUUGAAAUCACAUGCCCACUUGUGCAGUGGCUUCUUCACAUGCUGAGAGUUACAUCAGCAGAUUCUCCUUACAUUAAAGGAUAUCCUAUCACCUCCUCUCUCUGAUCUUCCUCCUCUCUCUGACAAGCUAUCCGUAUCACCGACUUGCUCUACCUUAAAAACCCUUCUAAAACACCCUCACCUUUUUAGAAGAGCUUAUUCGUUAUCCCCACGCCUUUUUUUUCCCUGCUUUCCCCCCCUGUGUAUUGUUUCUGCCUUUCAUUGUAUAUUUUGGUCUUUUAUUGCAGAUUCUUUUUUCUUGGGCCAUGUUAUUGUACUGUUCAUAUUGUUGUAUUUGUGAGGCCUCUCCUCCUGUUUUUAAAUUUGAUUUAUAAACUGAUUCACAGAGUUACCUAAGGAUGGGUUUAGAUUGUUCAGAUACAUCAUCUUCAAGAGUUGUUGUUUUCUGUAAUUAUUAUUAAAGUUGGCAUCUUAAGUCGCUUUUUGUAGAUUUAAUGUAAUAUUUGUUGAUCUAUCAAUAAACCUUCACCUAACUAGA